GCUUCUUCUUUUUGAGGACGUAGACAAGAGAGAGGAGCCCACAGUCCGCCAGCACCACCAUCACAGAGAGCAGAAGAAGAAACAAACUUAUUAAUAUAACAUAAAACUACUAAACCACAAGAAGACAAGAUGGUGGCCAAACAGCGGAUCCGAAUGGCGAACGAGAAACACAGCAAGAACAUCACUCUGCGAGGAAACGUGGCCAAGUCAACGAGGAACAUCCUUGAGGAAAAAGGUGUGGGUCCGUGGCUGCUCGCACUCUUCAUCUUCGUCGUCUGUGGAUCAGGUCAGUUUCAUUAAAAACAAGUAUUAAACGACAUGAAUACAAAAUAAAGAAUCAAAACAAGCAAACAGCUAAACAUAAUAA